UUUUUUUAGGACAACACUACAGUCUCAAUCGCUAGUAAAAAAUCUUCUUCAAGACAAUCUGAUGUUAUUAGUGUAAAUAAUGGCCCCAUUUAGAAGAAAAUAGAAGAUAAAGAAUCGUAUGAUUUGGGGCGUGGCUACCUUUGAUUGACAGGUAACUAACAAGGCGAGCCGUCUUCAGAAGAGAAGAGGGACUUUACUCUUUCUUUCAUCAUGGUGGACCUGUUCCUAAACCGAGUUCUGGUAGAGAACAACUGGGACCAGGAUGAACUCAACACUGAGCGAGAAAUCAUUGGGAUCCUUGAAAACCGCAUCCUGUUGCUGUUCUUCGCAUCGGCAGAGUCUGACAAGUGCCAGGAGUUCCUGCCUGUUUUGAAUGACUUUUUUAAAAGACUGAAAGAUCCGGCGUACAUUGAAUACCCCAAACUGCUUGCACUUGUCUACAUCAGCAUGGACCAAUCGGAGGCGCAGCAGGAGAGAGUCCUCAAAGAGCUGCACAAAAAGGUUCUGUUUCUGGCCUUUGAGGAUCCAUACAGGAAAGAACUGCAAGAUAUGUUCAAGGUGAAGGACGUACCAACAGUUGUGGUCCUUCGUCCUGACGGAUCCGUCCUCUCUCUGAACGCUGUGCAGGACAUCUGUCGUCAUGGCAUCGACUCUUUCCAAAACUGGCAGGAAGCAGCGGAGCUCGUUGAGCGGACCUUUAUGCUCAACGAGGACUUCGAAAACCUAAACAUGCGUACCGCCAGUGACCCCAUGAAGAGACUCAAGUACAAGACAGAGGACGACAAGAGGAAAAAAAGAUGGUGGAAGUUAUGGGUGAAGGGCAAAGAUGGGACUGAAGAGGAGGAAGAGAAAGACGGAACAUGGGAUCGAAAGAUAAAGGAGGCGGAUAAAGGAACGUGGUGGAGAAGAUGA